AUGAACACCGACGACAACUCCUCCGCUCUCAUUGAAGACGAAAUCUUCGCCAAUGGCGGCGGCGAUGACAACCGCAAUAACCACCGUCAGAUCAUCAGCGCAGACCAAUUCGACAUCGAGGCGUACGCUAGCCUCUACUCUGGCCGCACCAAGAUCUCCCGACUCCUCUUCAUUGCUAAACACUGCGGAGAUAACUUCACGAUGCAGUUGGAGGCGCUUCGUAUGGCCUUCGACGAAAUCAAGCAGGGCGAGGAUACGUUACUCAUGAGGGAAGUUGUUAGCAAGAUUAAUGGUCGUUUGGGACCUAACUAUACUGUUGACGGCGCUUGGUAUGUCACCAUUGAUAAGAAAGCAGAGCUGAAGAAGGAGAAACUCGAGACUGAGCUUAAUUCCUUCAGGACGAACUUGAUUAAAGAGAGUAUAAGAAUGGGGUACAAUGAUUUUGGAGAUUUUUACUAUGCUCAUGGGCAAUUAUCGGAAGCUGUUAAGAAUUACAUUCGGACCCGAGAUUAUUGUACUACAAUGAAGCACUGUAUUCAGAUGUGUAUGAGUGCGAUUUUGGUCAGCAUUGAGAUGGGUCAGUUUCCCCAUAUUAACGGCUAUAUUAGCAAGGCGGAACAGACAGUGGAACCCCUUGACACGAUAACAAUUGCAAAGCUACGUUGUGCUUCGGGGUUAACAAAUAUGUUUUCCAAAAAGUACAAGCUUGCUGCUCGAAAGUUUAUAGAGACUAGCCCCGAACUAGGGAGUCACUACAAUGAAGUGAUUUCAUCUCAAGAUGUUGCGAUGUAUGGAGGACUCUGCGCACUUGCUACGUUUGAUCGGACAGAGUUAAAGAACAAAGUUAUAGACAAUACAGUCUUCAGGAAUUUCUUAGAGUUGGUACCUGAAGUAAGGGAACUUAUAAAUAAUUUUUACGCAAGCCGUUAUGCAGUGUGUCUGGAGUACCUAGGGAACUUAAAAUCAAAUUUGUUACUGGACAUACAUUUGCAUUCCCAUGUUGAGACACUUUAUGAUCUAAUCCGUCAGAAAGCUCUUAUCCAGUAUACACUCCCAUUUGUGUCUAUUGAUUUGAACAUGAUGGCUAAUGCAUUCAAGACAACUGCUGCCGGACUUCAAAAAGAACUCGGAACUUUGAUUACUGAUAAUCAGAUACAGGCGCGAAUUGAUUCACACAACAAGGUUAUGUAUGCACGACAUGCAGAUCAAAGGAAGGCCACCUUUCAAAGGGUUCUUGAAACUGGAAGGGAAUUUGAUCGAGAUCUUCAGUCUAUGUUCCUGAGAUCCAGUAUCAUCAAGUACGAUUCAAGUAGGUCAAGAGGUAGUAGGAGGCUGUGA